GAGGGUCCCGUUUUACCCUGCCUCUCUCUUGCUUAAGAAAGAGAAGUGACUCCUGCUUUGUCUCAGAGACAGGGAGAAGCGGAGAAGGAGAAGAGACUUCGAGAUCUAAGUCACGACCCACCCUGUUCGUUUGGUUAAAACUCGAAACUUGAGGGCCCUUUGCUUGUCAAGAGGGUCUUCUUUUUCUGCUUCCGUUUCUUUCUACUUCUGGAUUGUUCAUUUGUAAGGUUGAUCUUUGUUAAGAGCAAUGGGUGUUGAGGUUGUGGCACCUGAGAAGGUUCAGGCCCCUAUUGACAGUGUAAGUGAAGUAGAUGAAACAAUUCUGCAUGAAAAGGAAAACGUGAAACUGGAUGAGGUAUCAGGACUUACCGAGCCCAUACAAUUUGGUUCACAUGGGGAGGAGCCAGUUAGAGCAGAAGGAAAUGAUGUUACAGAUGCCAACUUGCCGAAGGAUGCCAUUGACGAGUGGCCUGCUCCUAAGCAGAUCCAUUCCUUUUACUUUGUAACGUACCGGCAAUAUGAUGAUCCGAAAAUAAAAUCCAAAAUUGAUCAGGCUGAUAAGGAGAUUCAGAAGAGGAAUCUGUCCCGGUUUGAGAUUACAGAAGAAUUAAAAGCUAUAAGGGCGAAACGGGCAGAGUUGGUGAACCAGGUAAGGACCCUGAAGAAUGAGGGUCGACAGUAUAAAUCGAUGUUUGAUGAGAAAAAAAAGAAAAUAGAGCCUCUGCAGCAGGCACUGGGCAAGCUGCGUGACACAAAUAGUGCUGGUCGAGGUGGUUUAUGUUCAUCCGAGGAAGAACUUAAUGAUCUUAUCUACAGUUUGCAAUACCGCAUACAACAUGAGAGCAUCCCAUUGACAGAGGAGAAGCAAAUACUUAGAGAAAUCAAACAGUUUGAGGGGACAAGGGAAAAAGUAAUUGCUAAUGCUGCUAUGAGAGCAAAGAUUCAGGAUUCAAUGGGUCAGAAAGAAGCCAUUCAAGACCAGGUCAAACUUAUAGGCGUUGACUUGGAUGGUGUAAGGAAGGAACAACAAGUACUUUGGGGAAAAGUUGACGGCCUAGAUGGGAAAGUGAAGGCACUGGAUGCUGAAAUUAAGACUUUACAGGAUGAGUUGACAGCUGUGACCCAGAAGAGGGACAAAGCAUAUGAAACUAUUCAGGAACUUCGGAAACAGCGUGAUGAGGCAGCGAAACGGGCAGAGUUGGUGAACCAGGUAAGGACCCUGAAGAAUGAGGGUCGACAGUAUAAAUCGAUGUUUGAUGAGAAAAAAAAGAAAAUAGAGCCUCUGCAGCAGGCACUGGGCAAGCUGCGUGACACAAAUAGUGCUGGUCGAGGUGGUUUAUGUUCAUCCGAGGAAGAACUUAAUGAUCUUAUCUACAGUUUGCAAUACCGCAUACAACAUGAGAGCAUCCCAUUGACAGAGGAGAAGCAAAUACUUAGAGAAAUCAAACAGUUUGAGGGGACAAGGGAAAAAGUAAUUGCUAAUGCUGCUAUGAGAGCAAAGAUUCAGGAUUCAAUGGGUCAGAAAGAAGCCAUUCAAGACCAGGUCAAACUUAUAGGCGUUGACUUGGAUGGUGUAAGGAAGGAACAACAAGUACUUUGGGGAAAAGUUGACGGCCUAGAUGGGAAAGUGAAGGCACUGGAUGCUGAAAUUAAGACUUUACAGGAUGAGUUGACAGCUGUGACCCAGAAGAGGGACAAAGCAUAUGAAACUAUUCAGGAACUUCGGAAACAGCGUGAUGAGGCAGCGAAACGGGCAGAGUUGGUGAACCAGGUAAGGACCCUGAAGAAUGAGGGUCGACAGUAUAAAUCGAUGUUUGAUGAGAAAAAAAAGAAAAUAGAGCCUCUGCAGCAGGCACUGGGCAAGCUGCGUGACACAAAUAGUGCUGGUCGAGGUGGUUUAUGUUCAUCCGAGGAAGAACUUAAUGAUCUUAUCUACAGUUUGCAAUACCGCAUACAACAUGAGAGCAUCCCAUUGACAGAGGAGAAGCAAAUACUUAGAGAAAUCAAACAGUUUGAGGGGACAAGGGAAAAAGUAAUUGCUAAUGCUGCUAUGAGAGCAAAGAUUCAGGAUUCAAUGGGUCAGAAAGAAGCCAUUCAAGACCAGGUCAAACUUAUAGGCGUUGACUUGGAUGGUGUAAGGAAGGAACAACAAGUACUUUGGGGAAAAGUUGACGGCCUAGAUGGGAAAGUGAAGGCACUGGAUGCUGAAAUUAAGACUUUACAGGAUGAGUUGACAGCUGUGACCCAGAAGAGGGACAAAGCAUAUGAAACUAUUCAGGAACUUCGGAAACAGCGUGAUGAGGCAAAUGCCAACUUUUACCAAUGCCGUAUGCUCUUGACCAAAGCCAAAGAACUUGCUGCUAGGAAAGAUGUACCGGCUCUUGAAGAACUUGCACAUGCUGAGGUUGAAAAUUUUAUGUCCCUCUGGAGCCAUAACAAAGCCUUUAGGGAUGAUUACAAGAAAAGAAUUUUGCCCUCCCUUGACCGCCGACAAAUGAGCAAGGAUGGACGAAUUAGGAACCCUGAUGAGAAGCCAUUGGUGAUAUUGGAGACGCCGAAACUUUCUGAACCAGAGCCAGUGGUAAAAGCUAUUGCAAAGCGACCGAAAGAAGAUCCAAAACCCCCUUCUCAAAAAGAUGCUCUACCCCCCCAAAAGGUCCAGAAGGAAACUACUAAGACAGAAUUGAAGACGACUUCAGAGCACUCUGACAUCAUUGACAAGGAGGUCUCUGGGUUGGAAAAUCUGCAAAAGAAUCCUGCAGAAAAGGAAGUUGAUGAAGCGAAAUUGAAGGAGAUGAAAAGAGAAGAGGAAAUAGCAAAAGCUAAGCAAGCCAUGGAAAGGAAGAAGAAGCUGGCUGAGAAAGCUGCUGCAAAAGCAGCUGCAAGAGCUCAAAAGGAUGCUGAGAAAAAGCUCAAGGAACGAGAAAAGAAAUUAAAGAAGAAGGCUGCAGCUACUGAGCCUGAGGAACCUGUCGAAGCAGUUGCAGAGGCAGAACCUGAAAUGGAUGAAGUGAAUGAUGAGGUUCCUGUUCCAGUGAAGGAAAAAGUUGGGAAAGAGAAUACUGUUAGGCCUAGGAAUCGUCCAAGAGGCCCGGGUUCACUUCCCAAAGUCAUCCCGAGGAGGAAAAAGUCAACAAACUAUUGGAUAUGGGCUGCUCCUGCUGCUUUAGUAGUUCUUUUGUUUCUAGCGCUCGGGUACUACUACUAUCUUCUCUGAAGAGUUAAAACUAGGGUUAAGUAGAAGAGUUAUGGACAGUUUUCUGCUUGAUGAGCAUGUGAGUGGCAAGGUCUGUUGUAGCAGAAUUAAUCCUUUUAUGUUCUUUCAUCCUGUCGAUGGAUGGACUCCAAACUCAUAAUGUUGUUGGUAGCUCAGUCAGUUUAAAGGUUUAGACAGAGAGCUAAAUACAUUGGUUUUGUUUUAUGCUGUUAUUAUGAUUUUUUCUCAAA